AUGCAGACACUCCAUUUUUCCAACAAGACUUACAGCAAGAUAUUGCACAUACCUUCCCUUGUCUUUGCUCUUGUGCUGCUGAUUUGCUUGGCCUCCCCUAGCAGUUCCUGCACGGAGCAGGAGCAGGGCUUCCUUCUCCAGUUCCUCGGCGGGCUCUCACAAGAUGGUGGCCUCGCUGCCUCAUGGCAGAAUGGCUCGGAUUGCUGCCAGUGGGAAGGGAUCACCUGCAGCACAGAUGGGAUUGUUACAGAUGUCCUGCUGGCUUCUAGGAGUCUUCAGGGGCACAUCACACCUUCUCUUGGGAACCUCACUGGAUUGCUGCGCCUCAACCUGUCAAACAAUCUGCUAUCUGGUGGUCUACCGCAGGAACUGGUAUCCUCCAGCAGCAUCCUCAUUGUAGACGUCAGCUUUAACCGUCUCGGAGAAGACCUGCACAAGUUGUCAUCCACUCAUGCCCGGCCACUGAAGGUACUGAACAUCUCGAGCAAUUUGUUUACAGGACAGUUUCCGUCCUCCACAUGGCAGGGGAUGAAAAAUCUGGUUGCAUUCAAUGCCAGCAACAACAGCUUUACUGGGCAGCUACCAACUCAUUUCUGCGCCAGCUCGCCAUCCUUGGCAGUGCUUGAACUCUGCUACAAUCAAUUCAGAGGGAGCAUUCCCCCUGAACUUGGUAGCUGCUCCAUGCUCAGAGUGCUCAAGGUUGGCCACAACAACCUCAGUGGGACUCUCCCAGAUGAACUCUUCAAUGCUACCUUGUUAGAAUACGUCUCCUUCCCCGGGAACAGGUUAGAAGGAAAGCUUCAAGGCUCACAUAUUGUCAAACUCAGUAAUCUGGGUACUCUUCAUCUUGGAGAGAACAACAUCAGUGGCGAGAUUCCGGAGUCUAUAGGUCAUCUCAAGAGAUUGGAGGAACUCCAUUUAAACAACAACCUCAUGUAUGGGGAGUUGCCAUCGAGUCUGACCAACUGCACAAAUCUCAUAAGCAUUGACUUCAAGAACAACAAUUUCAGUGGAGAACUCGCUAAGGUCAAUUUCUCCAACCUACCCAAUCUAAAAUCUUUAGAUCUUAUGUACAACAGCUUCAGUGGCCAUAUUCCGGAAAGCAUCUACUCAUGUAGUAAUCUAACUGCACUGCGGCUAUCUUCCAAUAAGUUCGAUGGCCAGCUGUCAGAAAAAAUAGGCAAUCUGAAGUCCCUCUCAUUCCUAUCACUUGCUAACAACAGUCUUACAAAUAUUACAAGAGCACUUCAUAUACUUAGGAGCUCCAAGAAUCUCACUACCCUUCUUAUUGGGCUCAACUUCGUGAAUGAGACCAUGCCAGAUGAUGACAACAUUGCUGGUUUUGAGAAUCUUCAGGUUUUUAGUGUCGGAGGAUGCAAAUUAUUUGGACAAAUUCCUCAUUGGAUAUCGAAGCUAGCAAAUUUACAAAUAUUAAUCUUGUCUUACAAUCAACUUACUGAUUCAAUACCAGUCUGGAUCAAAACCCUAAGCAACCUGUUCUAUCUGGACAUAUCAAAUAACGGCCUCACAGGGGGCAUUCCAACAGCCCUUAUGGAGAUGCCAAUGCUAGAGUCAAAGAAGAGUGAAGCCCGUUUAGACCCAAGGGUAUUUGAGUUACCUGUUUAUAAAGGUCCAUCACUACAAUACCGUGUACCUAUUGCUUUGCGCAAUGUACUGGAUCUAAGCAACAACAAAUUCACCGGUGAAAUCCCCCUCGAGAUUGGUCAGUUGAAAGCCCUCCUUUCACUCAAUUUCAGCUUCAACAACUUGACAGGACAAAUCCCACAAUCAACAUGCAAUCUCACAAACCUACAGCUGUUAGACUUGUCGAGCAACAAUCUAACAGGUGGAAUACCAGGUGCAUUGAAUAGCCUACACUUCCUUUCAGCAUUCAACAUUUCAAACAAUGGCCUGGAAGGGCCUAUUCCAUCUGGAGGCCAGUUUAAUACAUUUCAGAAUUCUAGUUUCAUUGGGAAUCCAAAGCUGUGUGGCCCUACUCUCACUCACGAAUGUGGAUCAGAUUCAAUACCUCCAUCCACCAGAAAAAAACUAGAUAAGAAGGCUGUUUUUGCAAUUGCGUUUGGCGUGUUCUUCGGAGGCAUUGCUAUUCUUUUGUUGCUGGUGUGUCUCCUUGUCUCAAUCAAGAAGGGUCAUAUGGCAAAACAUAGAAGGGAGAGCAAUGGAGAUGUUGAAGCAACUUCAUUCUACUCCAGUUCAGAGGAAACAUUAGUGGUCAUGCGGACGCCACAAGGCAAGGGAGAAGAAAACAAGCUCAAAUUCACUGACAUUUUGAAAGCCACGAACAACUUUGACAAGGCAAAUGUCGUUGGAUGUGGAGGUUAUGGAUUAGUCUACAAGGCAGUGUUGUCUGAUGGCUCCAAGCUGGCAAUCAAAAAGCUCAAUGGUGAAAUGUGUCUAAUGGAUAGGGAGUUCAGUGCAGAGGUUGAUGCACUCUCCAGGGCACAACAUGCAAAUCUUGUACCACUGUGGGGUUACUGCGUCCAGGGAAACUCAAGGUUUCUCAUAUAUUCCUACAUGGAGAACGGAAGCCUGGAUGAUUGGCUUCAUAACAGGGAUGAUGAUGCUAGCUCAUUUCUUGACUGGCCGACUCGUCUCAAGAUCGCACAAGGAGCAAGCCUGGGACUUUCUUAUAUCCAUGAAGUCUGCGACCCUCAAAUUGUCCACCGGGACAUCAAAUCCAGUAACAUCCUACUGGACAAUGAAUUUAAAGCUUACGUUGCAGAUUUUGGGCUAGCCAGAUUGAUCCUCCCCAACCAAACUCAUGUCACAACUGAACUGGUCGGUACUAUGGGUUACAUUCCCCCCGAGUAUGGGCAAGCAUGGGUUGCUACACUGAGAGGUGAUAUGUACAGUUUCGGAGUAGUACUGCUUGAGCUGCUCACUGGAAUGCGACCUGUUUCAAUCCUAUCAACGUCAAAAGAACUUGUCCCAUGGGUGCUGGAGAUGAGGUCCGAGGGGAAGGAGGUUGAGGUCCUGGAUCCAACACUUCGAGGCACAGGAUUUGAAGAUCAAAUGUUAAAGGUGCUUGAAGCUGCUUCCAAAUGUGUCGACGGCAAUCAAUUCAUGAGGCCAACCAUCAUGGAAGUAGUCUCCUGCCUGGCCAGUAUAGAUGCUGACCCGCAGAUGUGCGCAAAGAUCGGCCAACAUACAAUGAACCACACAUGA